GCGGGGCGCAGCGGCUGUAGAGCACUUCUCGUCCGCUGCGAGAUCCAUAUGCUUCACCAAAGCCAGGCUUAACAAAGCAAUGGGAACUUGUUCAAACGUGCUGCUAAGAGUCUGAACCAACACACCAGCAAAUACACGCACCUCUCCGGACUCACUCGGGCACUAUCCUCUUCUACUGCGGGAAAACUCUACUCUCGAACAGGAGCGAUGGAUCCGACAGACGCCCCGGAUUCGUGGGAGCUGGAGGAGGAUGCCGAGGCCCCGGCUGCCGCGGCGGAGCUCCCGGCCGCCUUCGCCUCUCUGAACGUCAACGCCAAGCCCUUUGUCCCCAACGUGAACGCUCCGGUGUUUGUGCCCAGCUUCCUCCAGACCAGUACCGUGGACAUGCCGGCUUCAGAGGGUAACGCAGAGCCCGUGGCCAGCAUGGAGGUGGCAGACACAGCCGCCCCCGUGGAGAAUGGAGGCACCGAGGCCGACAUGACCACAGAGGAGGAGACGUGGGAGCAGAAGGAGGAGCCCGGUGGAGGGGGCGGAGGUGGGGGGCAGGGGGGCGCCGCGGGGAAGGAGGAUGAGGAGAUGAUGGAGGAGGAAGAGGAGGAGAUGCCCGUGCCCAAAGUGGCCCCCCCUCCUCCAGACGCCCCCAAAAAGGAACACGUCAAUGUGGUCUUCAUCGGACAUGUCGAUGCUGGAAAAUCAACUAUUGGAGGACAGAUCAUGUACUUGACUGGAAUGGUGGACAAGCGAACAUUGGAGAAAUAUGAAAGAGAAGCUAAAGAGAAGAACAGAGAGACCUGGUAUUUGUCGUGGGCCCUGGACACAAACCAGGAGGAGAGGGACAAGGGGAAGACAGUGGAGGUGGGACGUGCUUACUUCGAGACAGAGAAAAAGCACUUCACCAUCCUGGAUGCACCCGGACACAAGAGCUUCGUACCAAACAUGAUCGGAGGGGCGUCACAGGCCGAUCUCGCCGUGCUGGUGAUCUCAGCCAGAAAGGGCGAGUUUGAGACAGGCUUUGAGAAGGGGGGGCAGACACGGGAACACGCCAUGCUGGCUAAAACCGCUGGAGUCAAACAUCUCAUUGUCCUCGUCAACAAGAUGGAUGACCCCACUGUCAACUGGAGUCUGGAGAGAUACGAGGAAUGUAAGGAAAAGCUGGUGCCAUUUUUGAAAAAAGUGGGUUUCAAUCCCAAGAAAGACAUCCACUUUAUGCCUUGCUCUGGACUCACUGGUGCCAACCUCAAAGACCCAGUGCCAGAUUGCUCCUGGUACACGGGAUUGCCAUUUAUACCCCACCUGGACAGUUUGCCAAAUUUCACCAGAUCCAGCGAUGGGCCUGUCAGACUGCCAAUUGUAGAUAAGUAUAAGGACAUGGGCACAGUGGUCCUUGGGAAACUGGAGUCAGGAUGCAUUAGCAAAGCCCAGCAGCUGGUCAUGAUGCCAAACAGGCACACAGUGGAGGUGCUGAGCCUGCUGAGCGAUGAUGUGGAGACAGAUGACGCGGCUCCAGGAGAGAACCUGAAACUGCGUCUGAAGGGCAUCGAGGAAGAAGAGAUCCUGCCGGGCUUCAUCCUCUGUAGCCCCGACAACCUCUGCCACUCAGGGCGCACCUUCGACGCACAGAUCGUCAUCAUUGAGCACAAGUCAAUCAUUUGUCCUGGAUACAAUGCAGUGCUUCACAUUCACACCUGCAUUGAAGAAGUGCAAAUUGCAGCCUUAAUUUGUCUGGUGGACAAGAAGACGGGAGAGAAGAGCAAACAGCGCCCCCGCUUUGUGAAACAGGACCAGGUGUGCAUCGCCAGGCUGCGGGCAUCAGGAGUCAUUUGCUUAGAGACCUUUAAGGACUUCCCUCAGAUGGGACGCUUCACACUGCGAGACGAGGGCAAGACCAUCGCCAUUGGUAAAGUGCUGAAGCUGGUGGCAGAAAAGGACUAAAGCGAGUGGCAGCAUGCAUGGAGAUCUUCCACUCAUUAUCAGAGGAGAGAUGCUGCUGGAGCCCACCCAACCUGCUGCUCUCCUCACACACAACUAUGCUGAGAGGAGAAGACCUGUGUGGAGGAGAACGCAUCACGUCAUAUGAAGAAAACAAGACUGAAUCAGUUUUUAUUAUGAACAAUAUAAAGCAGAGACCAAUUCCAGUGUGUCAGCUUUCUCAUAUUGAGAGCUCAGCUAUGCCACUAAUGUAGCGCCCCCUUCAGUACUCCCACAGCUAACAGCGCUGUUGGCUAGCCAUGCCAUUUGUUUUUAGAAUGGAGAUGGAUGCUGUGGUCCUGAGUCAGGGGAAGAAAAGCUAUCGAAAAGAACACAUGGAUCUCAUAUUCUGCAACAGAGCAGGGUUAGCCUAUAUUAAUGAUAGUCACCAACUACACCUCCCUUUAGAAUGAGUGGGGUUUGAUUUGUGUUUAAGAAGUGCGGGAAUGCAACACAAAAUGUUUAGUUUGGUCUCUCUCUAUCGGAAAUAGUUUGAGCUCACAUACUACUCUGAUGACCCUUGGAUAAACAGACGUGGCUGUUACAUAAUCAGAACUGAAAAUAAAUGAUCAAGCUGCAAAAAA